AUCUGUUAGCCGCAGGUGGAAGUGGACCGGGACACACGGUGGGGGACAUGGACCGCGAGGAGUGUGUAGCUGCUCGUUCUCAGGGAGCGUGACGGGCUGAUUUGCAGUGUUUGUGUCAUGGCGGGCUGCUGGUCGGGGAGCCGCCGCUUGUGUGUGUGCUGCCUGUCCGAGGACGAGAAGACCAACAUCGCGGUGGACAAAGAGAUCGCGAGGAUCCUCAAACAGCAGAAGAAGAAGGAGAGAAAGGAAAUUAAAAUCCUCCUGCUGGGUACUGGAGAAAGUGGAAAAACCACCUUCAUCCGACAGAUGAGGAUCAUCCACGGUCGAGGCUUCUCAGAGGAGGAGAGGAGGACUUUUUCCAAAUGCAUCUUCCAGAACAUCCUCACAGCCAUGAAGGCCAUGACAGGAGCCAUGACCACGCUCAGAAUACCCUACUUCAACCCCGAGAACCAGAUCUACGCCAAGUGGCUGCGGGACAUAAACACAGUGCAGAUCAACCAGCUGGAGCGGGGCUACGUUGACGCAAUCCGCCGCCUCUGGGCAGAUUCGGGCGUCCGGGUGUGUUACAGCCGCCGCUGCGAGUACCAGCUCCUGGACUCCACAGAGUACUACAUGAAUAACUUGGACCGCAUCUCCGCCCCGGACUACAUCCCCUCAGAACAGGACGUGCUGCGAGUUCGAUUCCCCACCACGGGCAUCCACGACUACUCCUUCACCAUCCAAACCAUCACACUAAGGAUUGUGGACGUGGGCGGUCAGAAGUCGGAGCGUCGGAAGUGGAUUCACUGUUUUGAAAACGUCACCUCCCUCAUCUUCCUGGCCUCCCUCAGCGAGUACGACCAGGUCCUGGAGGAGCGAGAGACCAUAAACCGAAUGCACGAGAGUCUGGCUCUGUUCUACACCACCAUCCACUCUCCUUGGUUCUUCCACACCUCCAUCAUCCUCUUCCUCAACAAGACUGACAUCCUGGCUGACAAAAUCCUGACCUCUGACCUGCACAGAUACUUCCCCAGCUUCACAGGAAAGAGGCACGACCCCGUCGACGCCAAGAACUACAUCCGGAAGUUGUACGAGCAGCAGGCCGUCAACCGCGACAACAGGGUCGAGAGGAAGACGCUGUACCCGCACUUCACCUGCGCCACGGACACCAACAACAUCCGCACGGUCUUCAGAGACAUCAAGGACACGGUGCUGCUCAAGUCUCUCAGGGACUACGGAGUCAUCUGAACUAUGACACAGUUGUGAUGAAACAGGAGGGAAAACAACGGUGGUUAUUGACUAUUUUACUUCCGCUGAUGAACUUCUUUUUCUUAAAUGUCCAUCCUCCAUGCUUCUGUCCACCGCUCCCCCAGGUUUUCAUGACGAAGCAGGAUGGAGAACAAAGAGACGUUUGUACUCCUCUCUCACCUUCACCACCCAACUCUCGUUUAGGGAGAUUUGGAGAGACAAGACUUGAGUGAUUUCUUUCUCUUUCUCCCCAAUUGUCAGUGUUUGGGUCAUGCAGUGACUCCAUAAUUGAAGCAGUAGCUGAGAUGCGAUGAAGUGUUGCACGGCCAUUACCGGCAAGUAAUAACUUUUACAAGUGGAGACGCUUGGGCACAUUAUUUUUUACUUUUUAUUUGAUUCCACCGGGUACAUUCAGCUUCAAACACACAAACCAUUUCUGGGAGUUACAAUCUACUGCAUCUUUUAUUAUCCGACAUCCUAAAUUGGGGGAUUUUCUCUCACCACAGAGUCUUCGAUUGUUUCACAAGCACUCCUGUCAGAGAGCAGAAAUCCCCAUUGAUUACAGCUAAUCUCACACAGGCAGUAUUCCUCUCCGUUCGGCACCGUCUCCCUCAAUUAUUAUGUGCAGAAGGAUUGUGUUACCACCAACCUUUGAGUCCCUCGCACGGUGCCAAACAGGUGCGUGAAUCAUUUUUGGAAAUUGCACCACAGUCAGUAACAAGAAACUGGAGGUAUUUGCUGAUAUCACAAAGCCUGCCACGAUGGGACUUCAAAUCAAUUCAGGGGCCUGCGAUCGAUACGAGAUAUAAUAUUCCCAUUUAACACAGUUACGUAUACUAUAUCAACUCACAAAAAGCAACUAAAACUUUGGCUUGCGUUCCAAAUCUGUUCCAAACAUGGGAAUUUCAAAAUAAAGGUGCAUCUUAAGACGAUGCAUUGAUGAUGUUGGAUCAUUGAAUCCAUAUAUCGUUCUGUAUCAAUAGAUCUUUACACCCUAAAGGAAUCACAAUAGAUGUCAUUUUUAUAUUUUAUAUUGUAGAAACCAAAGGAUUCAAUAAAUGGGUUACUUCUGUUCAAUAUAUUUGCAUAUAGAUGUUAGAAAGCAACAUUUCUUUUUUUUAAUGUAUUUUCAAACUAAUGAAUUUGCAUUUCUUCAGUAAUUCAGCUGUCUCUGGUCGGAUGAUUUUUGACUUUAAUUUGUUUUCGUUAACUCUCGCAGCUGUUUUGACUUUAAAAGUUGUAAUAAAUCCACUGUACGCUACCUGCCCAGCAGAAAACAGCGACAAGCUGGUGAACAUAGUGGAGCAUUUAGCAGCUAAAGAGCCAAAUAUUUCCCCCAGGAGUUGGUGGAGAACAAAAACGGAGCUAAAAAGGAGAUUAAAUAUUGGACUUCUAUUCACCAGGUCGCCAGAAUCGCAACUAAAUGAAUGUUCAUGUUGCUGGAUUUGUAAAUAAGCUUGCCAUAUCAAGUAAAAAGGUGUCAAUGUCGUGUCUUGAGCUUGUUUACGCUGCCCCAAAGUGGCCAAAAGAAAUCGGUUACAGCUGGUUUAAGUGUCUUUUAAAACCAUAUAUUUGUCAGUGUCAAAAAUACAAUUGGUCAUCGUCAUUGAAAUGUGCCUGUUUUGUCCAUACAGCAAUAAAGCCAAAAGCAGAUUUUGCACCGCUCAACGCAAUAAAUACACUACGUUUAAAAAUCAAUGCAAGAAGUUUGAGCACAAAUCAGUUAAAGGCUGACGAGUUUCAAAAGGUCACGAGUGAAGGAACCGAGACCUGUUGGAGAAAACCGCUCGAUUCACAAAACAACUAUUUAUAUCAGUGUGUGGAGAAGGGGGAUUUUAUAAUAUUGAUCAGAAGUGCGAGUUGUAAUCCCCCCCCGUGUGCGUCAUUGUGUGGAAAAAGACAUUGAAAUUAAUUAAAUGAAGUGACCAUGAUGGGAACAUUCGCUCACAGUGUCUGUUGUAUAGUUUCCGCUGCUCUUUUAUUAAUUGUAUAUAAAGUGUGUUGAUCUCCCUCCCGCUGUACAUUUACUCAUGGCUACUUUUGAUUGACUUUUAACUGCUGUAUUAUUAUUUUAUAAAUCUGUUUACCAACAGCACAAACCGUGAUUGUCUAGCGAACUACUU